AUGGAUGAUUCCAAGUUAAUUGAAAGUGUUUUCCCUUCGGUCAUUCCCGAUUUAUCUGAAUUCCACCAUAAAGGUCAAUCGGGUCGAAUCGGGGUGAUCGGUGGGUGCAAGGAAUUCACUGGUGCUCCUUAUUACGCUUCCAUCGCAGGCCUUAAAUCAGGAGCCGAUUUGGUUUAUGUUUUUUGUACUUCCGAUUCUUCAGGACCAAUUAAAUCUUAUUCACCAGAGUUAAUUGUUAUUCCAAUUUUAGAUUCUGCAAAUUGUAUCGCUACAAUAUCUCAAUACAUGAGUAGACUUCACGCUCUUAUAAUUGGACCUGGUUUAGGUCGUGAUGAUUCAAUUGCCGAGACAAUUUUAUCUCUAAUUGGAAAAGCUCGUGAAUGUGAUUUACCUCUUCUUUUGGAUGCUGAUUCUUUGUAUUUUUUAAGUAGAUCAAUCUACCUAAUUAAGGAUUAUCGUAAAGCCAUUUUAACUCCUAAUGCCAUUGAAUUUUCUCGUCUUCAUAGUUUAAUUUUUGGUCGUGAUUUAACUGAUCAAGAACGUAUCUUACCUGGUGAAAGAGUGAAAGAAAUGUCUUCUAGAUUGGGAAAUGUAACAAUUAUCCGAAAAGGUAAAUGUGAUUUCAUCUCCGAUGGUAAUAAGCUGAUUAUCUGUGAUCAAUUUGGUUCUAAUCGUCGAUGUGGUGGACAAGGUGAUUUACUUGUUGGCUCAUUAGGAACCUUUUCUUUCUGGAGUCAUUCAAAUAAACUCAUUUCCAACUCAGCAAUCAACAGAAAUCAACUAAAUCCAUGUUUAGUUGCCGCAUUUGCUGCUUGUCUUUUCACUCGUAAAUGCAAUCGACUAACUUUUGAACAAUUAGGUCGAACCAUGACCACGACAGAUAUGAUCAAAAUGAUCCCGAAAACUUUUGAAUCCCUGUGGCCAUCAAAAUACAAAUCAUAAUCAAUCAAUCAAUCAAUCAAUCAACCAAUCAAUCAAUUAAUCAAUUAAUCCAAUUUCCUAACGUUUAGUGAAUUUAAUUCAUUAUAUUUUUUCGACUUGUUAUAAACUCAAUUGAAUGUACAAUCAAUUUUUUAUUUUAGAAACCUGUGGAUUUAAAUCAAGUUCAUUAAAUCGAAAGCAAAUCGACAA